ACUGUUUCGGAUUCAUUGAUUUUUCAAGAGACCUGCGGGAUAUUGGCGCAUCUGUUUAGUAAAAGGCGUUUAUGACCUUCUUAUCUAGAAAGUGAAAGCGCACGCUGCCGCAUCACUUCCUACUUAAACCGACUUUGACCAUUAGGUUUAGCCGGCGAAUUUGGUAGUUAUUACCCUCUCACUUUGUCUGGGCCUGACAUCUCACCGGCAGACGUGGUUUUCCAGGCGGGAGAUUAGUGUGUUUUGGAAUAACUGGACUUAUGACCUUAACUAUCUGGACCUCACAAACACUUAAACAAGAGGUGAAGCAUCCCGUUUAUAAUACAGACACAAGGCUGUGAGAGGAUCCAAACCCUGAAGUCCCAAGAUGAUUCCAGUUGGGAAUAACACGAAUAUUACCAUGCCGGCGGGAGCUAAAAACUCUGUCGGUUCCACCAUCGCCUCCGCUUGUUUCAUCGUCAUUGUGAUGCUAUUGACCAUCAUGGGGAAUCUGCUGGUGUGUUAUAGUGUGUUUUACUAUCGCCGAUUGAGAAGUCCAACAAAUUACCUUGUCGUGUCAUUAGCAGUGAGCGACCUUCUGGUAGGGACCCUCUCUUUACCAUUCCGACUAGCGCAACUUCUUAACGAAGAGAACUGGCCAAGCCAUUUGGGUCGCGAAGGAUGUCAGUUUUGGAUCUGGGUUGAUAUGCUUUGCAGUGGUGCCUCUAUGGUAAACCUGGCGGGAAUCUCGUUUGAUCGACUGCUGGCGAUCAAGCAGCCGUUACGUUACCGCGAGAAGAUGACCAGCAAACGCGCGCUAAUACUUAUUCUUGUAGUGUGGAUUUACGCUGCUUCAUGCGCGUUUUUAUCCUUUGUUGAAUGGGAAGGGGAGAGCACCAUUGCAGCUUACCCUCAGUGUGGUAUACGUGCAAGGGUUUACAUCACGUUGAUGGCGCUUGCAGCGUUUUUUUGUCCGCUUUUGAUCGUAAUUAUAUGCUACGGGAUGGUCCUCCAAGUCGCGAUACGCCACGCUCUUCAGGUCCAGAAAGAAAAGGAGCAAAUUGCCUUAAACGUCUCCCCGGAGCCGAACAGUAAUAAUCACGAGGAGAGCGGUGAAACAUCGCUUGCUAGCCCACCGGUUAUACGUCUUAAAACAUCUCGCUCAAGCAGCCACAGAAAAGAUAUCAACUUUGCCAAUGGACAUGCCAAGCAUCGAAAUCCUGCAUCGUCUACGUUUCACAUCAUGAAGCAAAUAAAAGCGACCAAGACGUUAGCUGUGGUCGUCGGAGUGUUUAUUCUCUGCUGGUUCCCUUUUUUUGUUAUUUUUGUGACUUUCCAGUACUGUGAUACAGAGUGUUUUGGAGAGGAGAGAAUACCACCAGCUGUGAAGAGAGUUUUGCUGAUCAUCUUCGUGUAUGUUCUGCCAGUCAGUAACUCCGCCGCGAAUCCAAUCAUUUACUCUUGUUUUAACCAGGAAUUCAGAGUAGCAUUCCUUAAGAUUUUCUACAAAAUGGUAGGAAAAAGAUAUCGCCAAAAAUACGACUAUUAUUCAACCCCAACUGCGUAUAGCUAGGGUUCAAAGAACUUUUUUUUAUUUGCCGUGCAUUCGUUGCAAGAUAAAGUGUUGACUCAGGUAGCUUAUUGCAAUGCACAUUCUAUAGAUACGGUACGUAGUACGGUUUACCGACUAACUCUGGUUUACUUACGCUGAAACUAAGGGAAACAAGAAUGUGGAUGUACCACUUUUCGAUGACAAUGGCAUUUGACCAAGUGCCUCUAAAUCAAAGCAAAUAUCACAGCUUACAAGUUCCUAUUAUAGGAAUUAUCAGAAAGAGACGAUUAGAGAGCCAAUUUAACGCACUUAUGAUAAGCCUAACAUUCAAAGCAUUAUGUAUUAAGUGUGUGAUUUCGCUAUUAGGCUGGUGUUCUGGAUAAUGCAGUAUUUCCACAAAUAAAUCGAUCUGCUUAUUGCGUA